AUGGGCGACUACGUGGAUCGAGGUGAACGAAGUGUGGAGGUCGCCACGCUCCUCUUUUCCUAUAAGGCUCUCUGCCCCGAUGGCAUAAUCCUGCUUCAAGGCAACCACGAGAGUGAGCAGGCGAAUUCCAAUUACGGUUUCGACAAGGAGGUUUUGUACAAGCUAAAAUCUCAGAGCUUGUACAAUGACUUCAACAAUGCCUUCGCGAAGCUACCCUUCGUGGCCGAGCUCUUCAUGGCAACUCACGGGGGGCUCUCCCCAUCCUUUGUUAACCAGUGCUCGGGGGCGCAAGCUGACUUCCAGCGGUGCUUAUCUUACGACAUUGGGUCGGGAAUGGUUUGGUCAGAUCCACACGGAGGAGUAGGAUGGAAACCUUCCCAGAGGGGCGAGGGCAUCAAGAAGCACGGGAAGGAUGUCACAAAAAGGUUCUUGCAGGAACACGGACUCAAGAGGCUGCUUCGAGGACAUGAGCAAGUGGACAAGGGGAUUGACACACUGAAGCUUGGUGGCGACUUUGUGGUGAACACAAUCUUUUCAUCAGCCGACUAUGUGGGGAUCUUCUGUAUCAACGAGAGGAACAACCAACCUCUGAAGCUUCCGAGAUGGGAUCCGUCGAUGUUCAGAGGAGGCGGGGACAGGAACAAAGGAGGAAUCAUGUUCGUCGACCUGAAGCAGCAGUCCUUCCAGCCCCAUACUCUCACCGCACAGAAUGCUCGGCAGCUGGCAAGGGACUUUACCGGAGCAGGAUGCACCGAUCCCAUUUCAUCUCAUCCUCUCCCGAACACACAUGUCACCGAAGUCGAAGAGCCCACCGUAGUCGAAGAGCCCACCGUAGUCGAAGAGCCCGCAACGCCCGAAGAGAUGGGCAUGGUGGACAGGUUCAAGACAUUCUUCGGCAUCUCUCUGCUUCAGGAGAACGGCUAUGACCCUCAGACAGCAGAGGAAGUCGAGCUUCCCAUCCACUGCCGCGGCUCAAUUUUCAUGACAGCCGAUGACAUGAGCUUCGAAGCUCGGAAGAUCAUCGACCUGGCUGGGGAAGCAGCAGUUUGCGAGAAUUUAACCGAGGCGACCAAGGACAACUGCAAGGCCAUGGCCAGGGAUAUGAUCACGCUGAAGGCAGGAGUUCUCAGAAAUUUCCCUAAGACGGACCCCCACUGGCCUAGCACAAGGCACCCCUUGUUUGUGAAACUUCGGAAAGCCAGGUUAAGGGACCCAAAAUGGAUAUAG